AUGCCUGGCAGCGGAGACUGCUCGAGCGACGCGACAGAGACAGAGCAGGAUGAACAUAUGAGUUGCCCGGAGAGGAGCGGAGACGAAGAGGAGGACGAGAUACAGGAGGUUCAGAUAACAGGGGAGGAGGAGGACGAGUAUGGGGAAGACGUCGAGUUUGAGUGGGAGUCAGAGAGUGUGGACCCCAGCUCUUGCUCUGCAGCUGAGACAGAAGCGGUCGUUAUGCGCAAUACGGACCGGUGCGGCGGACUGGGAGAGGAGGUGGACCAAUUUCACAUCCCUGGACUCGACUCAGAACUUGAGGGAGACUCGCAGCGGUCUGACCGGUCCAGACUGAGUGAGAAUACCCGCCUAGCCACGAGAUAUGCGGUGCGGAUCUUUCGAGAGUACCUGAGUGAGAAAGCCCAAAGUCCUGACUUUGAAACUCUGGACAAGGAGGCGCUAUGCGCAGUGCUCCGCUCCUUCUAUGCGGAGGCGCGCUCUAAGAGCGGACAGUUGUAUAGCAAGUCCUCCCUCAUAAGCAUCCGGAGCUCACUCAACCGCUAUCUGAAUGAACCUCCUUAUUGUCGCACUCUGGACCUCACUAAAGACCCAGAGCUGCGCAGUGCCAAUCUGACGCUUGCCGCCGUCAUCCGAAAAUUGGAGGAACAAGGUGCGGGUCCCGUAGUUCAGAAGCAAGCCAUCACUCGGUCCGACCUUCGUAAACUCUACACCUCCGGCGCAUUCAACACCGACACGCCGUUCGGGCUGCUCAAUAAAGUCUGGUUCGAGACAUGCAUGUAUUUUUGCACGAGAGGGAGAGAAAAUCAGCGCGAGCUGGAGGAGGACUCAUUCGGACUUGCCAUUGAUGAGGACGGGAGAAAGUUUAUCUUCUUCAAAGCUCUGGGACCAUAUCACAGGUCUCGCUCCGCAUCUUGGACUAAAAAAAGACCCGACACGGACGAAGAAACCUUGCCGCGCAUGUACGAGACGGGCACUGAGUUUUGCCCCUAUGCCAGUUUCGUGAAGUAUGUCUCUAAACGGAACCCUCUCUGUAAAGCGUUCUUUCAGCGCCCACGAGACCAUUGCUGCGCGAGCGAUAUGACAUGGUACGAGAACAAAGCCAUCGGUAAAAACCUGCUGGGUACAAGAAUGCAGAUGCUGUCGCGUGCUGCAAAGCUGUCGAAGACUUACACCAACCACUGCAUCGGCGCCGUGUCUAUAGCAACACUCAACAGCAUCGCUGGGAUCGGGGCAAAGUCAGCGACGCUUUACGUUGCCUCGGAAACGGUGAAUGGCGCACAGUCACAUCUUCAGCUCGUGAUCCCGUACAUCCGACAGGUUACGGAUGCCGUGGAGCUCAAACCGCAGAGGACGACGCGAAGAGCACGGACACUGUGCCCCAACGACGUCUCCGGUCCGCCUUCUCCAAAGAAACCUUGCGUGCGUUCGGAACGCGGGGAUUCGCCAGCGUUCAUGGAGCGUGAGACUGACCCCGUGCCCACACGACCCCCAGAUUCCCACAGUGGAGAGCCCAAUAGCCAGUCACCGGCUAUUCUGUUGCCCGUGCAGGACAGCCGGAGCAGCAGCGGCAGCAUGACCAGCCGGCCUCUGGUCUCCGUCUCCCCCGCCUCUCCCCUGGGCUCGGGCGGCAUCCCCACCCCUGCCCAGCUCACCAAAACCAGCGCCCCCGUGCACAUCGACGUGGGGGGCCACAUGUACACCAGCAGCCUGGCCACGCUGACCAAGUACCCCGAGUCACGGAUCGGCCGGCUCUUUGACGGCACCGAGCCCAUCGUGUUGGACAGUCUGAAGCAGCACUACUUCAUCGACCGCGACGGCCCCAUGUUCCGGUACAUUCUCAACUUCCUACGCACCUCCAAACUGCUCAUCCCGGACGACUUCAAAGAGUAUUUCCUGCUCUACGAGGAAUCCAAGUUCUUCCAGCUGGCCCCGCUGCAGGCCGAGUUGGAGCGCUGGCGGAGCGAGCGCGAGGCCAGGAGCGCGUGGCGUCCGUGCGAGUGCGUGGUGGUGCGCGUGGCGCCCGAGCUCGGCGAGAGGAUCACCCUGAGCGGGGAGCGGGCGCUGAUCGAGGACGUGUUCCCCGAGGUGGGCGACGUCAUGUGUCACUCGGUCAACGCAGGCUGGAACCACGACUCGACCCACCUCAUCCGCUUCCCCCUCAACGGGUACUGUCGGCUCAACUCCGUGCAGGUGCUGGAGCGGUUGCAGCAGAGAGGGUUCGAGAUAGCCGGGGCGUGCGGAGGGGGUGUGGACUCCUCUCAGUUCAGCGAGUACGUCCUGCGCAGGGAAAGGAGGGGCGGGCAGCGAGACCACACCCUCAUCCAUAUCAAACAGGAACCCCUGGACUAAGCCCCGCCCAGGUUAGAGGUCAGUGUCGCCAUCGGAAGAGGAAAAGAGAACCAGCUCUAUGACGCGCAGUUCGGUCGGACCCAAAAGUUUGUUUUAGAAUUUUCGGGGACCAGAAAUGUGCGUAUGUGACGUGACUAUGAUUGGAUGCUUGUCCAUAGCAGGAAAGCUGUAAAGAUGCACUUCCUCUUUCGAGACGGUGAACUUUGGAACUCUCCAACAGGA